GAUCCCCGCGCUCCACGAAAGGUGGCUAAUUAGGAGAGAGAAUAAAGUAUUUUUCUAGAGAGAGAAUAAAACCAAACUUCUAGAGAGAGAAAGUGUUCGUUGGGAGAGACGUUAUCGGAUUUCAAACGUCUUUCUUCUUCAACUCGCCGGUGAAUUGGAUUUUCCACUUUCAAGUCCGGCGUUUUUUGGGGGUUUUAUUGUCUUAUCCUUUGUUUUUUCCGUCUGAUUUCGAAAUUUUAGGGUUAGGGUUAGGGUUUUUGGUUGGUUUUCAAGAUACUCAGAUCUUGAUUUGCUUUAAUCAAAAUUCUUCAUCUUUUUUGAUGAAGUUGAGUUACUGGGUUGAUUUCUGCUGCUGUAUAUCGGUUGAAUUGUAGUUUGAAGCAAUGUUUACACCCCAGAAGAAGGUUUUUUCGGGUUGGUCUUUGUCGCCGAGGAGAGAGAAUCAGAAUACUCCAGUGCCGAAUUCGAAUUCUAGCGCGCCAAUUUCUGAAAAUGGAGGUGCGAUUGUUGUUAGGGAUGGAGACGAUCUCGAAGAUUUGGAUGAAAGAACUGCCAAGCUUGAAAAUGAGUUAUUUGAAUACCAAUACAAUAUGGGACUUCUCUUGAUUGAGAAGAAGGAAUGGAGUUCUAAGUUUGAAGAUCUCCAGCAUGCAUUAUCUGAGCAGAAGGAUGCACUUAAACGAGAGCAGGCAGCUCAUCUGAUUGCAAUAUCUGAUCUUGAGAAGAGGGAGGAAGAUCUAAGGAAGGCAUUGGGUGUGGAGAAACAGUGUGUUAAAGAUCUGGAGAAGGCCUUGCGGGAGAUGCGGUCAGAAUAUGCUGCAAUUAAAUUUACAGCUGAUUCAAAAUUGACCGAAGCUAAUUCUCUGGCAGCUAACAUUGAAGAGAAAUCUUUAGAAGUUGAAGCAAAAUUGCGUGCGGCUGACGUUAAGUAUGCAGAGGCAAGCAGAAAGAGCUCUGAAAUAGAGAGAAAAUUGCAAGAUUUAGAAAGUCGAGAAAGUGCUCUUCGAAGGGAGCGAUUGUCUUUUAACUCAGAGAAAGAUGCACAUGAUGCUACUUUGUCUAAACAAAGAGAAGACUUGCUAGAAUGGGAGAGGAAGUUACAAGAAGGAGAAGAGAGAUUAUGUGAGGCUCGGAGAAUCCUUAAUCAAAGGGAAGAGAGAGCCAAUGAAAUUUAUAAGGGCUGCAAGCAGAAAGAGCUAGAACUGGUAGAGGUACAAAAGAAGAUAGAUAAAGCUAAUAUGGAUUUGAAGAAGAAAGAGGAGGAUAUAAGCCAGAGGCUAUCCAGCUUGACUGUAAAAGAGAAGGAAAUUGAUGCUAUGAAAUUGAGAAUUGAAGGAAAAGAGAAAGAGUUAUCUGCUCGGGAAGAACAACUUAAUGAGAGAGAAAAGAAUGAGCUCCAAAGUCUUCUUGAUGAGCACAACGCUCAAUUAGAUGCUAAGAAGCAGGAGUUUGAGUUUGAGAUGGAUAAGAAGAGGAGAUCCGUUGAUGAAGAAUUGAAAGGUAAGGUCAUUGAAUUAGAGAAAAAGGAAGCUGAUAUCAGUCAUGCGGAAGAAAAAAUCGCAAAGCGUGAACAGGCUCUGGACAAGAAAUUGGAGAAGUGUAAGGAGAAAGAGAAUGACUUAGAAUCAAAAACCAAAGCAUUGAAGGAAAAAGAAAAGAUUGCAAGGGAAGAGAAUAAACAAUUAGAGAAGGAAAAGAAGCAGAUACUGAUAGACUCUGAAAACUUACUUAAGCUCAAGGAAGAACUGGAAAAUAUCAAAGCUGCCAAUGAGAAACAGCUGUUAAGGAUACAACAAGAGAAGGAAGAGCUUAGAGUGACUGAAGAAGAGAAAUCAGAGCAUUUGCGUCUCCAGUCUGAAUUAAAGCGAGAGAUAGAUGAAUGCAGAUCACAGAAGGAAGUACUUUUGAAAGAAGCUGCUGAGUUGAAACAGGAAAGGAUGGCAUUUGAGCAAGAUUGGGAAUCUCUGGAUGAGAAGAAGGCAGAAGUUGAACGGGAGCUGAAAAAGUUAACAGAAGAGAAAGAGAAAUGGGAAAAAUGGAGACAUUUGGAAGAGGAAAGAUUGAGGAACGAGAGUCUGGUUUCUCAGAAGAAGAUGGAAAGUGAGCUUAAAGCUUUUGAAUUGGAAAAGGGUUCAUUUGCAGCUCACAUGGAGUAUCAGAAGUCACUGUUGUCAGAGAGAGAAGAGACCGAGAAGAGAAAGAUGAUUGAUGAUCUUGAACGGAAGAAAAGAGACCUUGAGAUUGAAAUGCGUAAGGUGAUUGAAGAGAAGGAAAUAAAUCUUUCUGAAAGAGAGCGUUUGUUUGAGGAAGAAAGAGAAAAGGAGCAGAAUAACUUAAAUUACUUGCGGGAAAUAGCUGAAAGGGGAAUGGCAGACUUGAAAGAAGAGCAAAGGAGGAUUUCAAAGCAAACAGAAGAAGUGGCUGCUAGUAAGAAAGACUUGGAAGGGCGUAGACUUGAAAUUCAGAAGGAUGUUGAUGAGCUUUUUGCUCUUAGUAACAAAUUAAAGGAUCAGAGAGAGCAGCUUGUAAAGGAGAGGGAGAGGUUCAUUUCAUUUGUUCAGAGAUUUAAGAGUUGUGAACAAUGUGGUGAAGUAACCCGUGAAUUUAUGCUUUCUGAUCUUCAAUUUUUAAAUGAAAUGGAGAAUAGGGAGAUUUUUCCUCUGCCAAAGCUGGCUGAAGAUUAUAUCCGAAACAGCUUUAAGGAGAAUCUCCAUUCACCUGAGUCCCCUGUUCGUGGAAAUGUGGAGUCAUUUACCCCAGGGAAAACUGUGUCUUGGUUGCGGAAAUGCACACAGAAGAUACUGAACUUAUCACCUAUCAAAAGAGAAGAACCAGCUGCAACGGAUGGCUCUCCAGUAGACCAGGAUGCUAAUGCAGGACUUACUUCUGAUAAACAUGAUAAUGUUGAAGAAGUCCAAGAAUUGUCAUUUAGGAUGGCAAGUGAUUCAUUAGAUGUGCAGGCAGCAGUUGAUGAGAAUGUCAGGGAGGUAGAAGGUGAUCAAGAUCCUUCAGUUGGAGCGUGGGGUAAUACUGACAGUGGUAAGGAGCCUGAACCUUUCCAGAACUCAGGUCAACACAGAGCUGGAAAGAGAGAAAGACUCAGAGUCAGGACACGCUCGGUGAAGGACGUAAUUAAAGAUGCUAAGGACAUUGUUGGUGAUUCAAUUGAUCGAAGUGUUAGUGAGCAUCCAAACGGUGAUGCUGAAGACUCUACUCAUAUGGAUGGUGGGAGUCGGGAGGUUUCUAGUCUUGCAGACAAAGAAAAUAGAAAAAAGGGAAGAAAACGCAGUCGUGCUCUCACUUCACAAGCUACCGCAAGUGAGCAGGAUGAUGGGGAAAGUGAAGGGCGUUCCAAUAGUGUUGCGGCUGGAGGUCCCAGGACGAGGCGACAAAAAGUCUCUGCAGGUGUGCAAGCGCCUGCUGAAAGACGAUAUAAUCUCCGGAGGCCAAAGAAAGUUGCCACAGGUGCAGCUGUAAAAAUAGCAUCUGAUGCAAGUAAAGGUAAUGAUGAAGAAGAUGGACAAAGGGAGAUUCUAGAUGGAAAUUCAAAACCUGGGCCCUCACAUUCAGCCAGAGUCGCUAGUGAAGAUGGUGCAACGAGUAUAAACUUGAUGGAGGUUCAGGUUGAGGAGACAAACAUAUACACUACUCCCGUACCUAAAAGGAAGAUCAAAAGCAUUGUGCAGAGCAAAGAGGUAAAUGGAACUCCUGAUAGACAUGGUGAGUAUGGUGAUGAAGAUGGUAGUGUUGCGGAGGAAGAGGACGAUGAUGAUGAAGAGGCUGAGCAUCCAGGUGAAGCUUCAAUAGGAAAGAAGCUGUGGAAAUUCUUGACUACAUGAUGGCACAUAUAGAAGCAUCAAUUAUCAGGCGAUUCUGCGUUUGUUCUUCAAUUUCGUCACCAUUGAUUAUUAUCCCCUUAAUUCUUCCAUUUGGGAAUGUCCAUGUACUUUUGUAUUAGCAUAUUGAACCUAGAGUUGUGAGCCACGGAAUCUCUAUACAAAGUUUUAGGAAGAGUUCCGUUUAGUCUGUCUGGUGCUUUCUGGUAGGAGUAAUGGGAUGUCUUCUGUCUAUUAUUUACAGGAGCUUAGAUGAGUGUAGUCGUGGGUCUGUGCGUUUUUUUACUCAGGACUUAGCUUACCACAUUUUUUAGUGAAUGUCAAAUUUGUUUGUAUCAUUGGUUUGGAGAUGAUUGAAAUCUUUUGCUCAUUUUGUAUUCUCUUAACUCUCCCUAUGUGAAGACUCUUUUGCUCUAAUCGUCGAUACCUUGACACGUGUUCUAUCA